AUGAAAUCAGCUAAAGCAACAACUUGUAAAGAAGCGAUUCAGCGAUGGGAAGAGAAAACGAGUUUGAAUGCUAGCGAAGAGAAAAAAAUCAUUUUGUCCUUUCAGUGGCCUCCUAUUGAAAAAAUGGAUAAUAAUUUAGCAGCACUUACUGCUGUAGAAAAAUUAUCUCUCUCAACGAAUAUGAUAGAAAAGAUCAGUGGUAUAAAUUCUUUAAAAAAUUUAAAAAUCUUAUCUUUGGGUCGCAACAAUAUUAAAACAUUUUCUGGAUUAGAAGCAGUUGGAGAACACUUAGAAGAAUUAUGGAUAUCGUAUAAUCAGAUCGAAAAGAUUAAAGGUGUCAACGUAUUGAAAGCGCUAAAGGUACUGUAUAUGUCGAAUAAUUUAGUAAAAGAUUGGGCCGAAUUUAAUCGUCUACAAGAAAUACCACAUCUCGAAGAUUUAUUAUUCAUCAAUAAUCCUAUUUGCGAAAAUAUGGACGUAGAAUCUUGGCGUAGUCAGGUAAUUAGAAGACUUCCAAAAUUAAAGAAACUUGAUGCUAUACCUAUCGUAUAAUUAUUUCAUUUGUUUAUUGAGCAUACGGAAUGACAA